AUGUUCAUCUCGAUAAUUAUAUCAAUUGUCAUUGCGAUUUGUUUGGGGACUUCUUUGUGUAAAGGUUCGGAGAUUAAGAGAAAUGGAAAGAAACUGAGACGACCACCAAAUACAUUACCAUUAGUUGGAAAUGGUAUCCUCUUUCUCCAAGCUCGUCACAAGCUCUUUUCCUGGUUCGUCAAGUGCGAGCGCAGAUUUGGAUGGGAGACAUUUGAAAUUUCAGUUCCUUCAUUGCCACCCGGUGUUGUGAUAAAUGAUCCGAAAAAUCUCGAGUACGUUUUGAAGAAUGAAGACAUUUUUGCAAAAGGGGACUUCUUCAAAAGCAGAUCUUGGGAUUUAUUUGGCAAUGGAAUUAUCAAUGCUGAUGGGGAUCUAUGGAAAGUUCAGCGAAAAGCUGGCUUGAAUUUUCUCAAUGCUUCAAAUCUGAAAGUUCUUACCGAUGUUGCACUUCCAAAAUAUCUAGAGGAGACGCUGGCACAGCUUAGGAAUGCAGGAAAUGGCAGGACCAUCGAUUUGGAGGCCGUAUUUCAUGAAUUGACUACGAAGCUUAUGGGUCGAAUGGCAUACGAUAUGGACAUGCGUUCAGGUGACCCGUUCUCAUUAGCUUUCGAACACGCAUCCGGAGCUACCGGAGAAAGGUUUCAAAAUCCCCUUUGGCCUGUCACCGAGAUGGUAUUUGGUGGUCGUUUCAGAUCAUCAAUAGAAAAAGUCAAAGCCUUUGGUACUGAGAUUGUAUCGAAUGCUGUUAAGGCCCGACAAGACAAGUCUCUGGUGAACAAGGAGCAAAAGUCCUUGGAUUCUAUUUCCGGCAGUUUAAUCAAUUCUCUCUUGGAUUCAAUUGACGACCAUCAAAUGGUAGCAGAUGCAGCCCUGAAUUAUCUUUCUGCUGGCCGUGAUACUACUGCACAAGCUUUAACGUGGGCAUUUUAUCUUCUAAUGCGUCACCCAAGAGUCAUGGACAGUGUACGUCGAGAAGCAGCCUCUCUCACUAAAGAAAGUACCCGCAAACAGUCAACGACAUACAGGCCCACAAUCGUCCCGUAUGCUAUGGCUGUUUUCUAUGAAGCACUGAGACUUUAUCCACCGGUGCCAUUCGAAAUCAAGCAAUGCGAGCAAGCGACUACACUACCCGAUGGAACCUUUCUUCCUAAAUAUGCCGUACUAGUCUGGUGUCCAUGGGCAAUGAACAGGUCAAGGUCAAUUUGGGGUGAGGAUGCUGAUAAUUUUAGACCCGAGAGAUGGCUCGAAGACGGCGUCAUAAUUUCGAAGACUGCUUUUGAGUAUCCAGUAUUCAAUGGGGGACCGCGUACUUGUCUAGGAAAGAAAAUGGCAGAAGCUGUGGCUGCUCAAGUAAUUGCAACAUUGGUUGUCAAUUUUAACUUUUCGUUGAUCGACAAGAAAGAGAGAAUUAGUAGGAAUAGUCUUACUUUGCCCAUGGAGGGUGGGCUGCCGUGUAGAGUGAGUAUCAUUGCCUCUGCAUGA